UGCUUUCAGGUGCUCAUUCCCCUUGGGAAAAUCGAUCUUGGCCAAGUAAUUGAGGAAUGGAAGGACAUUGCACCACCUCCGGACGACAAAGAAGCCGAGAAAAGCCUUGGGGACAUCUGCUUCUCGCUUCGAUACGUUCCCACAGCUGGCAAAUUGACCGUGGUUAUUUUGGAAGCUAAAAAUCUGAAGAAAAUGGACGUAGGCGGUUUAUCAGAUCCUUAUGUGAAAUUGGAGAUCUCGGAGAACAAAAAGGCUCUACGGCGGAAAAAGUCCACGAUCAAGCGAAACACGUUGAAUCCGUAUUACAACGAGAGCUUUGUGUUCGAUAACUUGCCAUUAUCGAGAAUUAAGAUCCCUACGUGA